AUGGAUCUAGCAUCCUCUGUUAGUGGUCUUCUGGAGGCCUUCUCUAAUGCCGAGGAUGUAGAUCGGUUAGACAGGGGUGUGCAAGAUCUAGAUCCUUUUGCGCAGUUCAUCGCGUCAGGGAGUAAGCCGAUAUCCGACCAACCGCAUAUGACUCGCACGCAUAAUGUACCCCAGACAUACCCAUUAGACAGUUAUCUGGCGACGAUAAAUGAGCUGUUCUCGCCCCGAAAUCCGGACAUAUAUCUAGGAGAGCAAAAUCACCCUUUGCAACUAAACAGAACUUUUCAGACUGGUUUUAACAAUGUCUCACAAGAAACUGAGGAGUAUCUACAAUUGAAGGGGGCUCUUCAGCUUGUGCCUAUGGACCUUCGGGAUGAGUUAAUCGGGGCCUAUAUCAAAUAUGUUCACCCUCUUCUACCCGUGAUUGAUCUGCAAUGGUUUUUGACGAGUGUUAUGGUUGAGGAUGAAUCUCGAUUCGCCAGCCCGCUUCUUUAUCAAGCGGUGAUGUUGGCUGGCAGUGCAUUUAUUGAGCAGGAAAGUGCCAAAAGAGCUGGAUUCUCAUCACGGAAAGCGCUGCGAAGCACGCUAUUUGGGCGAGCUAAGCUUCUCUAUGAAUUUGAAACUGAGCCUGACGCUUAUAUUCAAAUCCAAGCAUUGCUGCUCAUGAUGCAGUGGCAUGGAAGUGGAGUUGGUCACAAAGGCCCAACAUAUUGGUUCGAUAUCGCCUACUCAACAGCAGAGCGAGUCGGUCUUCUCCAGAGUUUAGAGACUGGGAGCUUCUCUCACAAGCACAGGCUGUGGUGGUGUCUCUAUGUGCGCGACCGCAUUCUCUCCCUCGGCUUCCGUCGGCCACUUCGAAUCCCGAACAGCGAUACCACAAUGUCUCUAUUAGAAUCCACGAGCUACUAUUCCUCUGAGUUAUUCCAUGACCUCGUGCUGGCAAUGCUAGGAGAAACCUCCGCGAUGCUCAACUGGGAAAAUCAAGAGCGAAUGAUGCUCCUGUUCAUCCAACACAUCAAGCUUGCCCACUGUCUGGGCGUCAUCCUAGAGCAUCUGUAUCAAGAAGCAUGGUCACCAUCACCAUCAGGAGACUGUCAAUAUUCCGUCGUUCCCAAAUCAGACAUAUCCCAGGUCACCAUAACUGGAUGCGAGCAGCUUCUGAAAACGUGGAUUCAGAACCUUCCUGCCCCAGCGCAUUACUUUUCUCCGUCGCUUUUGCAUGGUUGCCACUCCGACUCUCCGGAGACAGUUCUUCUCGUUCAUCAGGCCUUUUUGUACCUUCUCCAUUUAACUGCAAUGUCCAUCCUCUACCAAGCCGCAUCACAUGGUGGGGAUAAUCUUCGGACGACCAUUAUGCCAGAAAUGAGAGGCUUGACUUCUCGAGUCAACGAGACUCUCAACGAGUUGCAUGAUUGUAGCAUGCUCCAUUUUCUUCCAGGAUCCACAAUCACGAUUCUGAUUAUCAUUCUUCAAGCAAGUCUUCCAGAUCUUAUGGUUGCGGAUGACAUUGUGAGAAUGCAGGCCAUGUUAAACUUGUAUGCCUGUGAGGAAGCCGCUGGUCAUUUAUUGCAAACAUAUCCUGCGGCUGAAAUUGUCCUUUCACAGGCACAGAGUGCUCGUGGGCAUCUUCUGGGUUUGGUCGCAACCUAG